UGGACGUGUCGCUAUCCGCCGUGGACUGGCGGGUCUUCCCCGCCACGCUCGCCCCAUGGCUGGCAGCAGCGCUGGAGGAGAUGCGGCGGAAAAAGGCAGCCAAGCUCAGGCGCCAGCACCUGCAGCUCCAGCAGGAGCUGCUGGAGCAGCAGCAGCAGCAGCAGCAUGGGUAUCUGGACGGGCUUCUGUCCCCGCGUUUGAAGGCACGAGGGGCAGCAUCUCACAAAGGCUCUGUGCUGCCAGGGAACAGGGCAGCCGCAGGAGGGGCAGCAGCAGGAGACGCAGGAGCAGCUGCAUCAAGAGCAGCAGCAGCAGAAGGGGCAACAGCAGCAGGAGUGGGACUGAGGGCACAAGCAGCAGCAGAUGCAGCAGCAGCAGUGGUAGAGCGUCCAACGCCAAAGAAGCCCAAGCGGCCGUUCAGGCUGGAAGCAGUGGUGGGGGCAGUGGGGGCGAAGCUGACAGUGCACGACUACGACGGCACACCGCUCUACAAGGCCUCUGCUGCCAAAUUCCACGUCUUCCUCUCCCAAUCCGCCGGCCCUCUGGCUGCCUCCCACCCCCAUUCUGGUGGCUCUUUUGGCGCCUUUGGGCCGGUUUCGCCUGCCGCCGCUGCUGGGAAGGCAGGGCAGGGCGGCAGAGGAGGCUUUCACCCGUUCCUGAGUCGGAGUAGCAGUCCGGGCGUGUCUAGAAGCAGCAGCAAGGCUGAAGCAGCCAGGGUUACUCUUAGCAGGACUAGUAGCAGCAGCUUGGGGGCCAGUCCAGGUGCUGCUGCUCCUGGUGCCUCUGCCUCCUCCUUCCCCUCCUCGUCCUCCAUCCCGUCUGCCUCUCCCCCCGACGCUGCGGCUGCGGCUGCUGCUGCUGCUGCUGCUGGUGUUGUUGCUGGUGCUGGCAGUCACAUGGAGGUACAGGUGGAGUAUUCAGGCGUACAGGUGGUGCGGCUACCCAGAGAGGAAGACUUUGCUAGGCUGGGUGGGACAGAGGGUGCUGGUGCAGCGCAUGUGGGCUGGGCUUCCUAUUAUCCUUCUGCCUCUUCUGCUGCUGCUGCUGCUGGUAGUACGUCUGGCUCUGCUGCUGCUGCCUCCGCUUCCUCUGCUGCUGCUGCUGCCUUGCCCCGGGAGCAGGUGUUUAUUCAGGUGUCUCGGAUGGGAGUGGAGUGGGGCCCUGGGAUCCCUGACAACGUGGAAGGGCUUGGGGAUGGGGACACGCCAGGAAGGAGGGGAGACAGGGAGGAGGGCGGAGGGGGAGGAGGGGGAGGAGGGGGAGGAGAUUUGGGGGGAGCAGAAGCAGGAGGUGCCAGUUCGUCUGGAAGAGGCGUGGGAGGGGGAGCAUACAGAGGGGUUGGUGGAGAGGGAGGGGGGGGAGGAGGGGGCAUACUGGACAAGGUGCUGAUGGUGCAGGUGGGGGUCAGGGGACUCAGGAUCCGCCCCUCCUUCCCUCUCCUGGGAACCCUAGCGGAGGAGGUCACCCGAGCAGAGCAGUUUGUCAAGAGGGAGAAGAAGAGAGGUGCGGCUGAUGCUGCUGCUGCUGCUGCCAGUGCUGCUGGUUCCCCUGCUGCUGCCGCUGCUGCUGGGGGUGCUGGGGCCGGGAGUGACCCUGCUGGCGCUCCUGCCACCGCCAAGAAGAAGGGCAAGGGCAAGGGGAAGGGAAGCAAGGGCGUGAAGGCGUUCCGGGUGGUCCUUGACGACGCGCUUCUGGAGCUCUCCUGCCCGUGCACGGUGGCUGAAGCCGACGUGCUGGACCCCAAGAAGGUGCACUUCGGAGACGAGUUGGGCGAGCGGGUGUUUGACCUAACUCCUGAGGGGGAUCUGAGGGUGGCGAAGGUGAGAAGGUUUGAGUGGGAGGGUAAGGUCCAUGGUGCUGUGGAGUGUAGGCUGAGGGUGGAGCUGCCACAGGUGUCGGUGGGGGGGAGGACGGGGGGCAAGCAGCUGCAGGUGCGGAUGGAAGGGGCGAGAGUGGUGUAUGUGGAGAGAGGGGAGGAUGGGGAGGAGGCGGUGGGGAGUGGGGGAAGUGGGAGAGGGGAUUUGGAGAGGAAGGGACAGCAGGUGGCUGGCUCUGGUGGGGGGACGGGAGGGGAGGGAGGUGGUGUGAGGAAAAAGGAUGGGGUGAUAGUGGAGGUGGUGGUGUGCCGGCUCCAGAGUGCGCAUGUGCUGCUGCAGAAGGGGCUCGUAGGUCCGGACGGAGGUCCGGCGCCGGACCGGGUUGUGGUUACCGCAGCUGGGCUGGAGGCUCGGUGGGAGCCGGAUGUGCAGGUGUUGGUGGUGGAGGUGGGGGAGGAGGUGAAGGAGGUGACUGGUCGGCGGAAAGCAGUGGUGCAAGCAUGGCGGGCGAUGGCUGAGAGAGAACAGGAAAGGGAGCAGGGGGUGAAGGUGCAGGCGCAGCAGCAAGAGCAGCAGCAAGAGCAGCAGCAAGAGCAGCAGCAGGCGCAGCAGCAGGCGCAGCAGCAGGCGCAGCAGCAGAAUGCAGGGAAGGGCGAGGGAGGGAGUGCGGAGAAGCUAGCUACAUCAGGUGGCAGCCUGGAUUUUAGUCUUCUCGGAAGGGAAGGUGGGAGCCAGCUAGGUGCAGCAGCCUCCCCUAGGCUUCCCACGGGCAUCAGCUUGCCUCCUUUUUUCUCCCCUCGCCAGUCCACCGCCCUCCCAAACAAGUCACCUGGCAGCACUCCCCGCAGCAGCAGCAUGGGGGCAUGGGCGUCGCUGCCCCCGGUAGCUCCUGGGGGCGAUGGUAGACGGUCCGUGGGGACUGCCAAGUCAGCCGGUGCUGCUGCUACAGUGCUAGACGGUGCUGUCGUAGGGGGGUUAGGGGGAGGGGUUGGUGGCGGUGGCGGUGGCACUGGCAGGCGCAGAAACAGUGACAGCAGUGUUGGUACCGCUACCGCAGCAGGCGGUGCAGCUGCCAGCUGGCAGCAGUGGAAGCAGGGAGAGCACGUGGCAGGAGCAUCAGCUGCUGGAGCAGCAGCGCCCGGUGAUUCGUCUGCUGCUCUGGGAAAGCAGGGCAAGCCUGGCAAGCGCAAGAAGCCGAAGCCAGUGAUAGCAGUGGAUGUGACGGGGGUGGUGGUGACAGUGGGGAUAGGCGACGAGACGGAGAUGCGGGUGGAGGCCAGGGGGCUGUUCUCUGAGGAUGCUGCCAUGGGGGCGCUCCUGGAGGGGAUGUGUCUGCGGAUUAAUGACGCUGCCAUGCUGUUCAGUGACUCGUUCCAGGUCUCCCGAGUCCCAAGUGCCACACCAGUGGUGGUCGCGCCCCCCUCUGCCCCCCCACCACAGCCAGGGGAAGACACCUCGACGGUGUGGGACUAUGUGAUCCAGGCGAGCUCGUCGCGCUUCAUCCUGCCGUUCCAGUUUGAGGUGCGCGCCGUGGAGGACAGCGCGGAAGACAUGAUGCGCGUGCUCAAGGCGGUCACUGCUGCGCAGAAGAUGGCCAGAAACGCCCAGCGAAUGCGGCAGGGGAGAGCUGGUGGUACCGGUGUUGCUGCUGCGGCGGCUGCUGCUGGUGCUGCUGGUGGUGCUGCUGGUGGUGGUGCUGCUGCUGCUGGUGAUGCUGGUGUGGGUGGUGCUGCUCCUGCAGCGCCUCCUGCUGGUUCAGGGCCAGCAGCAGCCGUGAGGGACCCAGCAGCAGUGGCAGCAGCAACGGCUGCAGCAGUCACAGCAGCACAGGCGGAGGGCGUCAUCCCCCCCACCGUCCCCUCCUCCUCCUCCGCCCCCAAGCCCAAAAAACCCCCAGCGCGGCGCAAGGGGCUCAUACGCCUUAUAGUGAAGGAGCUUCUAUUGGAGGUGGAGGAGGAGCCUAUACAGGGGUGGCUGGACGAGAGGCGGCAGCUGAUGAAACCGUUGGUAGAGGAUAGGCUGGUGAGGGAGAGGCUGUUGGAGGAAGAGGAGGAGAAUCUCAGGGGUGGAGAUAUAGUCCCCCCCGGUUCGGAGGGGUUGGCUAGAGAGGCUUCAGGUGGGGUUGAUGCUGGGGAGAAGUCGCCUCAGGAUGCGAGGGUAGGGGGAGGAGGGAUAGGGGGAGGGGGAGGGGGGAAAGGGGUGAGUCAGCAGGUGCUGGCUGCGGCAGCAGCUGCUGCAGAGGCUGUGGGUCCUGCUCCGCUUGCGGGCGAAGCCAAGGGCGCGGCAGUCAGGAUGAAACUUCUCCGGGAGCGUUUCCAGGCUGCCCGGGAGGAUCUGCACCGGCGGGCAGGUCUGGCGUACAAAGCGGCGUGCGAAAACCUAGUGAAAGACCCGGGCACGGGCUGGGCAUACAAAAUCGGGUUGAACGAAAAAUACCCGAUGACCACCACCCGCAGAAGUGCGGCCAGCCUGUGGUUUGCCUUUGCUGAGCUGGCUCUGAUACCAAUAGAGCACGGGCGGCAAGGCACGGUGGCUAAGAUUCGUGAGCUCGACACUAUUCCAGCCUCAGAAAACGUGCCGAUUGCGAGGAUGUAUGCGAGAGCAGUGGAGCUGUCCUGUGUGGGGCUGAGGUUUUCCCUGAGGGACUAUCCGCUGCCACUGUUUGCGGCAGCUUCCGGGAAGCUUCGUGGGACAGCGAUCAUGGCAGCGCAAGCCACGGUGUACCAGCCGCAGCAGAAGUCCGACGUGUUUCUCGGAAGGUUCCGGCGAGUCACUGUACUCCGGACGGCCAGCGGAGCCACCCCUCCCCUGAAGUUCUACUAUGAGGCAGAUGCGGAGUUUGAGUCCGCGGACCUGUCGUACGGUGUGGGGUAUGAGCCCAUGCUGUUUGCCGACGUGAGUUACGCGGUAACCUGCGCCGUGCGCAAGGGCCAGCCGACGACCCGGCAGGCGAAGGUGAUCGCAGCAGCAGCCGCGGCAGCAGGAGCAGCAGGAGUCCCCUACCCUCCUGUGCAGAACACUCUGUCUGUGCCGGCGCUGGCGGCUGCGGCUGACCCUGCUGCCGCUCCGCCUGUGUGGCCUCCUGUGGAACGGAGCCUCCCCUGGUGGGACAUCAUGCGGUAUUACAUGCACGGGCAUGCAGAGUUCAUAGCCCUGGACUACCAGGUGUUUCUUCAGGCGACGGUGGACCCCUACGAGCAGAACGACAUGCUCACCCUGGUGGGGUCCCGGCUCGUGUUUUCCCAGAAGAAAGGGCAGAUGUUUGUACGGGGGGAGGAUCUAGAGGCGCAUGUGACGAGCGUCCCGGAGGACCCGCUGAGGAAGGCGGAUGCGUGGGUGAGGGAGGGGGGAGGGGGCGCGUUCGGGAGGGGAGGAGUCGGAGGGGGGAUGGACGGCGGGCGGUGGGAGGGUGACGAGUUUCUCCGAGCCCCUGCGAUCGAGACACCGGUCUUGGAGCUGGAUAUUCGGCUGGACUGGGAGGUGGAGGGGGAUGGGGAUGCCUGCGCGCACUACCUGCAUGCGCUGCCAACAGAACGGGGCAUGCGGACGGUGCUGUACGACCCGUUCCGGUCGGCUGGGAUGAAUUUCCGCUGGGACUGGCGGUUUUUGUCCAAGGAGCAGGCGAGGGAGAUCCACAGCAGGGGGGAAAAGCACGGGAAGAGGGGGGGGGACAGUGGGGGAACGAGGGUGGGGCGGAGUAGCAGUGCUUGUGAUCUGGGCGCUGCUGCUGGCAGUGCGGGUGGUGCGGGUGGUGCUGGUGUUGCCAGUGCUGGUGUUGCCAAUGCUGGUGGUGGUGCUGGUGGUAUGGGAAGGCCCAACCAUGCGGCAUCAGCCAUACCACGCUCCACCUCUCUCUCUUCUGCGUCGCUCUCCCGCGCCUCCUCCUCCCGCCGCUACCACGACGACGAAGAUUUCUUCUCGGGCAGCUCGCCUGCCCACCGGUCAUCCAGUGGGGGCUCGUUCUCGUCCGUCGGAUUCGAGUCCAGCAGCUCAUCGCAGGCUGGUGAUUGGCCGAGAGGAGGGGAGUCUGGGGUGGGGCCAGGUACGCAUGGGCACAUGCAGAGGCACAGGCGGACCUCCUCUGGAAGCAUCCCUUGGAAUGUAGGUGGUGGAGGUAAGGGUGGUGGUAUGGCCGCAGCAGGUGCUUCAGGGGAGGGAGGAUCUGGGGUAGGUGGCAGCUUUGGUGCUGGUAUGGGCAGCAGUUUCGACGGUCUAGGCAUGGGGUCAACAGGAGCGGGCGGUGGGACCGGAGGAGGGGGGGAAGGCAACGGGGGGGGAGGAGGAGGAGCAGGAGGUGGGUUUGAUGUGGGUUCGAGCAUCCGGCAGCCGACAUUCAACCUGGCGAGCCACGACAUGGUGUGGCUGUUCAAGUUCUACAAUCUGAUGUACCUCUCCUCCCACAAGCUCCGCAACUUCGGCCGCCGCCGCUACGGCAUCGCCCGCAAGCCCAAGUCCGGCAACCUGAACCUCAGCCAGGUGAUGUCAGAAAUGCUAAUCCGGCUGCAUAUUGCCCCGGGGGCCUGGAGGCACUACUCGUUUCGGAACCCGGACCCGGCGGAAGGGGUGGUUUUGUUGGUUGAGGAAUUGGUGUACGAGCUGUGCUAUAGUCGGAAUUUGAAGGCGUGGGACGGGAAGACGAGGCGGCCAUCGUUUAAGACGGCGCAUACGGGGCUGGAUGUGGUGAGGAUGAGGAUUGUGGUUGAGGAGCCCGGGAGUGGGGAGGGGGAAGGGGAGGGGCAGGAAGGGGGAGUGGCGGGACGGAGGGCGGCGGAGGAGGGGGAGGAGUUGGAGGGGGGGGUGUUGGGGGGACGAGUGGGCGGAUUCUUGAAGGAGAUGAAGCUUCUGGGAAGAUUCUGGAGUUGUACGGUGGUGGGCGAGGGGUGGACGAAAGCGGACCAGAGCUUUCUGAUGUCGUGCGACGGGAUAAUGAUCCGCAAGCAGGCGCCGGAUGGGAACGCGGAGCAGAUCCAGAAGUGGCGCGUGGGCGAGGGGUGGAAGAGCUGGCUCAUGGGGGCAACCGGGAGUACAGCAGGUGGAAGGGUAGCGGGGGGCGAGAGGGAGGGAGGGAUGGGCAGCGGUAGGAAGGCUAGCCACUGCCGAAUCAGCGACCUGGACGGCAACUCGGAAAGCGACGAGGAGGAGGAGGAAGAGGAGGGAGAGGAGGAGGGGGAGGGGGAGGAAGAGGGAGAGGAAGAGGCAGAGCAGGACUAUGCAGAUAUCCUUGCGCUGCUGGUAGCAGACAACUGCUGGCGGAUCCUGGUCCCCGGGCUGCGACUCCUGCUCACAGUGCGCAACAGAGACGCCCUCUGGGCGUGGAUGGCGGAAUUCCAAAGGGGUUUUGCCUCGGAUAAGCCGUCCCCGUCGCGCCAGAUGGCGCAGCGCAAGAGGCUGGAGGCGGCCGGCGGGGUGCCGCCGCCGCUGGUGGGCGCUGCUGCUGUUGUGGCACAGGUGGCGGCACAGAUAGCAGCGGAAACAGCGGCGCAAGCGGCGGAGAAAGCGGCUGCUGCUGCGGAGGCAGCGGCACAAGCAGUGGCGGAAGCAGGGGGGGCAGCGGGAGUGGCAGAGGGGGGCCAGACAGGAGGUGGUGUGGCUGCUGCUGCUGGGGGUGGUUCUGCAGGGGGGGGAGCAGGAGGAGGAAUGGGAGUUGGGGCAGCGGGUAUGGGGGUAGGAGGGGGAGAGGAGGACAACUGCUCGCUGAACUAUAUGAUCAACAUCAUUCGGCCUCAGUUCAACUUCCACUCUGAAGAUGCUCAUGGUCGUUUCCUCCUAGCAGCCAAGAGCGGGCGUGUGCUCGCCCGCACCUUCCACUCUGUCUUUGCCGGAGCCAUCGAAGCCCUCGCUGCCAUUUCCCCUCCUCCUCCCCUUCCCUCCUCCUCCUCCUCCGCCCCGCCUGCUCUUUCCACCACCGCCACGAAUGCCACCGCCACCACUCCUCCCCCCACCACUCCUCCCCUCACCACUCCUCCCCCCACCAUCCCCCCUUCUCCCUCCGCCACCCCUGCCGCCUCCUCCUUCUCGUCCUCCGCCCCUCCCUCCUCUCUCGCUACCUCGGACUCUGCCCCUGCCCCAUCAGGAACUGUAGCAGCAGCAGGAGCACAAGCAGCAGCAGCAGCGCCAGCAGCAUCAGUAGCAACACUGGCAGAAGCAGGCGCAGGCACAGGUGCAGGGAUAGGAGCAGGAGCAGGGAUAGGAGCAGGAGCAGGGAUGGAGGUAGUAGGGGUAGAAACAGGAGGAGUUGCAGCAGCAGGAGUGGCAAUGGGAGAAAAAAGACCGGCAGCAGCAAUAACAGCAGGGGCAGCGGGAGCAGCUGGAGCAGCACCAGCACCAGCAGCAUCGUCCGUUGCCCCUGUGGCACCGCACACGUCAGACAUCAUGCCCGGAUUCGGGGAGGAUCUAGAUACGAUCCAGUGGAACCGGCACGAGCUGGCGGUGAUGCUGGAAAACGUGCAGGCCUACGUGGCACCCACUGACGUGGACCUGACAGCUGGUGUGCAGUGGCUGGCCCACGUGCCCAUGGGAGGGGGGAGGAGGGGAGGGAGGGGGGCAGGGAGGGGUGGAAAGGGGAGGAGGAGGGGGGGCGCAGGAAUGGUUGGGAGGGGGUCUGCAGGUGACCUUGCUAGUGGGAGUGUUGCUGCUGCUGGCUAUACGGCUGAUGGGGGCGAUGGGGGUUAUGGUGGUGAUGAUGGUGGUGCAGGGGGACUGAAUGGGUCGAGCGGGAUGCUGAUGCUGGGAAGGGGGUCUGCUCAUAACGGGGACAUGGAGAUCAGUCAUCUGUUGAAGCAGGUGUUCCAGCCGUGCACCAUGUACCUGCAGUAUACCCGAUACAAGAGUGGCUCCCAGGGCGCGCAGAAGAAGCCCCUUAAGGAAGUGAGUUUCAGCGUGCCCAACAUCACGGCCACCAUGACCUCGUCUCAGUUCCAGACGCUCACUGACAUCAUCAUGAACCUCGCCCUCGCGCCCACGCCCAAGCUGAAGAAACCCAAAGUGCGUCCCGACGCAGACGAGGACGACGAGGAGGAAGAGGAGUACGGCUCGCACCCAGACGGAGUUCCCGAGGUCGAAGCAGCGGAGAUAAAGGCCGAGGUGGCACAGCGGGCUGUAAACGCACUCAUUAAGGAGCUCUGGAGCACGGCGGCGCUCACCGCGUCGGGGAUGUACGGGCCCGAGAUGGCGCUCGCUGGCAGCUGGGAGCGAGGCGUGGGGGGAGGGGGAGGGAAUGCGUGUGUGUUUGGGUCGGGGCGGCUGGUGCUGGAGGAGGAGGACUCGAGUAAGAGGAGUUUGGUGCUGGCCCCGCCAACUGUGCUGGUGGCUGCUCUCAAGGGCGAGUACCUCGUGCGCAGAGCCGAUCUGCGGGCGGCGCGGAUGGAGAGCCGGGCGGCGGUGGGGCGGGCGGCGCGGCAGCAGAGGGAGAAGCAGAAGCAGCCAUCGUCGGCCGUGGCUGUGAUCUGGACAAUCGACCGUGCGGCGUGGUCUCUGCUGAGCGACGGACAUGUCUUUGCAGAGGCAGAGAUCCAACACAUGCUGCUGAACGUGGACCGCGACUUCAACGACAUCGGGAUGGCGUGUUUCGUCAUCAAGUCCAUCACAGUGCGCAACUCCCUGCCGCAAGCCAAGUCGCGCCUCGUGCUCUCUGCCUGGAACCCGCCCCCCGACUGGUCGCACCAUGCCAUGAUUCGAGUUGUGGGCAAGAUUGGCAAGCCUGUGGAUGGUGUAUCGCCUAUUGAGACGUUCGAGGUGGAGAUCUAUCCGUUGCGCAUCUACCUGACAGAGCAGAUGUACCGAGUGGUGUGGGACUACCUCUUUGCCAAGGAGCCCGACGAGCAGCUCAGGAAGCAGGAGGUGUGGGGCCCUGUGGCUCUGCCAGUGAAGCAGAAGGACAAGCGCCGCGCCACUGCUCCCGACGCCUCCUCCUCCUCUGCUGCUGGCAGUGCGGGUGGCGGCCUGCCUUCGUCAGCCACUGUUGGGGGUGCCAGUGCAGGUGGCGGUGGGAGGAAGGGAGGCGAGGAGGGUCGGCCGCUCAAGCACCAGUCGUCGGCUCCAUCCUCUGCAAUGGGGGUUGAGGAGAUUCGCCGCUCCACAACGGACAGCAUCAACUCCACUGGCUCCGCUCCCGGCUCCUUCCCCGCCCCACUCCCCUCUCUCGUCUCCUCCUCCACCUCCCCCUUCCCUGCGUCCGCCUCGCCCUUCCACUCCUCCCUCCCCCCGACUCGCUCCCCGCUGCCCUCGUACGUUGUCAACCGCUCCCAGAGUAGCCCCACCUUCCGCGCGCACGCAAGUGUCUUCUCUGCGGAUCGACACCCCAAUGGCGCCGCUGCUGCUGGUGCUGGUGCUGCUGGUGCUUUUGGCGGUGAUGCUGUUGGGCCGUAUUUGGGUCCUGGUGAUGGUGAUAGUGGCCCUGCUGGAGAUGCUCUCAAUCCUCCUCUCGCUCACUCCUCAUCUGCCCCUCUCCCCUUGCCUACCGCCUAUGGUAGGGGGGGGAGUGCUGCUGGGUUGGGAUACAGGGGAGGAAGGGGGGGUGCAAUGGGUGGGGCAGCGGUUGGGAGGGGUGCGGGUUUGGAAGGGAUACGAGAGGGGGGACGGGAUGGAGGAGCGAAGGGAGAGAAGGACGUGGGGGGGGCGAGUGAUAAGAAGAAGGGAAGGGAUAAGAAGGAGCAGGAGGAGAGAAGGAAACUGAAAGCAGAGGAGAGGGUAGCAAUGAGGGAGAGGGAGAAGAGGGAGCUGCUGGAGAAGAGGAGGGCGAGGAUGGAGCAGAAGGAAGAGGAGAGGAGGAAGAAGCUCGCUCUGGAAGAGCAGAGGAGGACGAGGAGGCAGGCGGUGUACAUUCAGAACCUCAAGUUUAGUCAGGUGGAGCUGCUGAUCACUUACGAGGGGUACCCAGUGUCGGUCACGGACCUGCGGCUGCUCAUGGACACCUUCGCCCGCACCGAGUACACGGGCCCGUGGCGAAGGCUCUUCUCGCGCCUGCGCAAGCACGUCAUCUGGGGCGUGCUCAAGUCCGUGACAGGCAUGCAGGGCCGCAAGUUCAAGGACGCGCACCUGCAGGGAGGCAGCAGCAGCAUCACCACCACCACGCCUUCCAAAUCCCAGGCAGCAGCAGCUGCAGCAGCAGCAGCAGAGAUGGCUGACAGCGAUAGUGACGAGGAGAGCGCACCAGCGGGGGCAACAGCCGCAGGCGCGGGGGUGGCUGGCCGGAGGAUUGCGGCAGCAGGAGGGGCAGGAGCAGCAGGGGCAGGGGGGGGAGGAGGAGGCGAAGGGGGUGUUGAUGCGAGCAGUGGUGGCAGUGCGGGUACAGCAGGGGGAAGGGUAGGUGCAUCUGAGGCAGGUUCAGCUGUUCCUGGUGCUGCACCCACUGUUGCUGCUGCAGCUGGCAAUGCGGGCAUCACCAGCAGCAGCUCAGGAGAAGGUUCCUUGAUUUCAGGCGCAAUUUCUGCUGCUGGUGCUACUGGUGCUCCCACUGCCACUCCUGCUGCUGCGGCAGGUGCUGCUCCAGGUGCUACUACCCCUGGCUUGGUUGGCAGCAGCAGCACAGCUGCAGCAGGAGCUGCAACUGCGUCUGCCACUGCUGCUGCUGGUGCUAGUGGUAAUGCUAGUGCAGGUAAUGUGGCUACCGCUGCCAGUCCUCUGAACGCCCUGCCAGUGGCAGGAGGCGGGGCGUCGAUGCUGCUGGCACGGCUGGGCAACAAGGGCGAGCGCAUGGGGGAUGGGUUUGUGUCGUCGGUGAAAGGGUUGUUUAAAGACCAGCUGGGACGGGCGAAGCAGGUGCUCAAGAGCCGAGAGCAGCAGCAGCAGCAGCAGCCGCAUCACCACCAUCACCACCACCAUCGGCAUCAUCAGCACCACCAGCCACAGGAGAGCAGUGGCGGUUUGGGGAGUGUGGAGGAGGGUACGGGUAGUGAAGGGGUGGUGGUGAAAGGAGAGGGGAGUGGGGAGUCUCAGGUGGUGCAGACAGGGAGUGGGGAGGAGGAGAGGGAGAGGGAGAGGGAGAGGGAGAAGGAGAGGGAGAAGGAGAGGGGGAUGAGCUCACUGGUGGCGAAGGGGCAGGCUCUGGUGCCGAAAUUGUGGACGCCUAAACAGACUGCAGCUACGCCAGAGCAAUCGGAAGAUGGUGUUGCUUUGUCCAAGACAACCUCGGCAGUAUCGGAUUCAGCAAGUUGAGCUAUUGUGGUACCGAGAAAAGCACGUCGUGAUGGCUAUCACUCUAAUAUACGACUCACUAGAGCAUUGUUGCAAGAAUCAUUGGCUAAUCAGAAUCAGAGAACCGGUACCUGCGUGACUAAGCCACCUUUGAUGUUGGUGGAUACCACUUCGGAUAUUAUGCGAUUCCCAGCUUUCUC